GCACAACUCGACCAGCGGCCCCCCAGUGCUGUGCUGUGCGUGCGUGGUGGCUGUUUGUACUCACUCAGCGUUGUUGUUGCUGCACAUGAUCUUUUAUCCCGCGCCGCUUGGGGAAUCCUGCAUUCCUUUCGGCCUCACCCACCUCGACACCGACCAUCUAUCACCCUCGCCUACCAUUGUCGUCCGUCCCUCCAGCCAGAAUCGCAAUCCUCGGCCUCGUGGCCUGCCCUCGAUUCGACUCGACUGAUUGCUGUGCUACUCGUCUGCUGCACACUCCUCUCCCUCCCCGGCGCUUCUCGAUUCGGCUUCCCGCGCCUGACAUGCAAUAAGCACCGUCGCUCGCCGUUUGCGCCUGCGCUGCUGCGAUGGUCGUGCGGCAUCUCACGACCCGGCAUCCCUCCCCGACCGCAUCGCUGCUCCUCCCCGACACCGCCUGACUAUACCUACCUCUCCAUCGCCACAACCUACAUUCGCAUCGCACAUGCCCUUUGUCGUCCACCACCCGAUGGCGGCGCCGGUGGCAGCUCCGGGCUCGGCCCCGGCCUCGCUGCAGACGCUGCCCAGCGAACUGCUCUGCCUGAUCCUCGACAACCUCGUCCUCGCGCCACUCCCCACGGGCUCUCGCCGGCACUUGCCCAUUCCCUACUACACAAAUCGCGGCGCCCUGCUCAACCUCUGCCUCACCAGUCGCCGCCUCUACAACUUCGCCACGCCCCUCCUCUACCACAACAUCGUCGUCGCGUCGUCCCCCCAGUGCGCCGCCCUUUUCCACACCCUCCUCUAUUCGCCGCACCUCCGCCGCUGCCCCAGGACCUUUGCCUCUCUCGCCCCGCUCAACAGCCCUGACGACGACGAGGACGCCUAUCAGUUUUUCGAGCGGCUCACCUUCUCACGCAACCCUCGCUUCUUCCACGGCGGCCUAUAUCUCGACGACCAGGCUAAGGAGGUCGUCAAGAGGCUCAGCAUGAGCCAUGGCGAGACCAGUGGCCACGUCUACACGCGGUCCAGGGAUUUCACCCAGCAUGCCGUGGCUGGCGCCAUGCUGCUCAUGCCCGAUAUCCAGGACAUGCUGUUCGAGCUGUCCCAGCACACAGAUUAUACUUUCUUCAUGAAUGACGACUGCAUCAUCUUUCGCAAGGCCCUCGGGAGUCCGACACCCAGCUGGGGUACUCCGCUGUCAUCAUUACACACUCUCCGGCUGCAGAGUGACCCGGACAUAGCCGGGUUCAAGGCCGAUGCCGGCAUGCUUGCCAUAUUGAUACCAGAGCUCUUCCAUGCGCCAAACUUGCGGCAGCUCGACUUUUACGGGGACGAAGGCAAUUACACGCACCACUGGGAGCGGUCUCUCGACGCCAUGGUGGCGUACCCGGAAUGGUUCUGGGGCUUUCUGGGCAAGGUCGUGGACCUCAAGCUGUUGAAGAGCCAGGCGGCGCCCAGCACUGUGGUCCAGCUUCUCGCCCAUUGCCACAGUCUGGACCAUCUCACGUGGACGUUUCGACAAGAAGCUUGGUCAAGCAUGCGCGACCUUCCCGACAUGUCACUAGACAAGGCACUCAAGCCUGUGGCGCGGAAGCUCAAGUCGCUCCAUCUCGAGUCGUACUCUGUGGGGUUUGGCUGGGACGAAGACGCCGCCGAGAUGUGGGAUCUGCUCGAGGUGUACCAGAUCGAAAUGUACGAGACGGUGUCGACUCUCCACAACUUUGUACUCCUCGAAAACUUGACCAUCGACAUGAUGACACUCUUUGGGCCGUGUCAUCGGCAGCGCUUGCGGGACUGUGCCGCAGAUCUCUCCAGCUUGCUGCCACCACAUUUAACCCGCCUCGAGCUCAUUGAGCGGUCAUACAACGACACCUACGAGUACUACAAGACGGUAGGGCCGCACGACCACUGGCUCGGGAACAUUCUGAGCAAAUUCGCUCAGACCUGCAAAGUGGAACAGCGCCAGCUCAGGCAUUUUGUCCUCCGAGUCUUCCCACCUGGCCGGACCACUGAUGGCGUCGUGCAGGGGUUCCGAUCCAAAGGAGGCAUCCUCGAGCUUAGGAGCCGGUUCUUCGAGGCAGGUGUCCAUCUGGAUUGGUGCUGGGAGCAGGUGGAGAGGCUCCCGCUGCCGAUAGGUCGGGAUCGAGACUGGAGAUCGUGAGUGCCAAAUGGAGCAGGCUCGAUCCAUAACUCCCGUGCACACCCAUACGUUGUGGUUCACAGGACAACCUUUUUUUUUCCCCCGGGGGAGUCGCAUAUAGACUUGGAUUUGUUUUUUCUUGCGCGGCAGUCAGCCACGGGAUUGGCGUAAAUGGAGCGAUCUUGUUUUCCUUGUUGGUUUCGGCCCCUUGGCCGUCUUCCACGGCUGGCAGGUUUUUGCUGGCCUACUAUUAUACCCUAGCGCGUUCUGCUGUUCUCAUGUUGCAUCAGACUCUUUAUUAUAGAACAAACGAGGGCCCUUCUUCCAGAUGAUUGAUCGGUUUGGUCGUCCC